AUGUCGAUUCGGUGCUCUCUUAUCGCCCCAAACACCUCCUGCAUUCGCCCUAGCUCCCGCACCUAUGCCCCUUCGUCCCCCUCCCCUGCUGCCCUCCCCCCCUGUGCUAGUACAGGAUCGCCUGGCUCUAUGAUGGGCACUGUGGGAAAGGAGGAGGGGCGAGAGGAGGAUGGGGAAAGGGAGGCGAUCGCCUGGCUCUAUGAUGGGCACUGGGGGGAAAUGUGGGGAGGAGGGGAUGAUGGGGAAAGGAAGACGUAA